AUGUGGCCCCAUGCUGUUCGGCACGCUACCGUCCCUAGGAACAGGGUACUCACAAAGGUUGGGGAUGACUUGUGGGUGCCGUUGGAGAGGUGGCUUGGGAGGAAGCCACCGGUGGACACGCUGAGGGUGUUCGGUUGCAUGCUAGUUGCCCACAUCCCCAAGACCUACCGCAGUAAGUUGGGGGCGAGUGCAAUCUGGUGUGUGCAUUUGGGGCUGGCUGUUGAGAGCAAGGGAUGGAUGCUGUGGGAACCUUCCAAGGGUGUGUUGUUUGACAGCAGGGAUGUGAAGUUUGUUGAGGGCAUGAUGUAUGGGAGCUGGGAGAAACAGCCGGAGGCCAGGGUGUCCCAGCAGAUGGAGCAGAUCACCAUGCAGCUGGACCUGACUCCAAGUGUGUGGGAGGAGGGAGAGGAGGCAGCUGCAGAGGGUGGUGAUGCAAAGAAGAUGCAGGAGGCACCUGCUGGUGGAGGUGAUGGUGUGGAGACUAGCGGACGUACCCGUAUGGCUACUAAGAAGCUGACUGCAGGAGCUGAUGUAGCGGAGCAGCAGCUUGGGACCGAGGAGGCCUUGCUGAUUCUACCGCAUGGCUAUGAUCCGGAUGAGGAGGAUGAACCUGCCUACUAUUUUCUUGCCCCUGCACCAGAGGAACCAGCUAGCAAGGAGGAGGCGUUAGCUGGACCAGAUAGGGAGAAGUGGCUGGUUUUGGGGGAUGAUGAGUACCAGAGCCUGCUAGAGAAUGGGACAUGGGAGCUGGUGAUGCUGCCUGAGGGGAAGAAAGCCAUACAGUGCAAUGGGAAAUUCAUCAUUCAGAUGGAUAUAUCAACGGCAUUCCUCAAUGGGAUUUCAGAGGAGGAUGUGUACAUGACGCAGCCGCCUGGGUAUGAGGAUGGUACGGGCAGGGUGUGCAAGCUGAAAAAGUCCAUCUACGGCUUGAAGCAGGCGCCACGCUGCUGGUACCAGAAGUUGGCAGCUGUUUUAGAGGAGAUGGGAUUUAGGACCAGCAGCUGUGAUGAGAGCCUCUUUCUCAAGGGGGAGGGGGAGAAGCUGGUGCUGAUUCUGGUCUAUGUGGACGACAUUCUUCUCUUUAGCAGCAGCAUGAAGGAGAUCUAG